AUGAACAGCAAGAUCCGCAGCCUGGUUCCUAACUUAGGGGGAAGCCAAGGCCGGGGUGGGAGUCCAGAAAGUCCUUCCCUUGUCCAUCCCUGUCCUCAGCCCUCAGUCCCUGUGGGUACCUAUGAGCUACUGCCCCGGGGAGGGGCCAUUUUGGAGAUGCCAAGGCCUGUGAUCUCCGAGGUGUCCCUUGUGCCACGGACCCUGGGUGGGGCUGGCACUGAGAUGCCCCGGGAGGGGGCGAUCCCGGAGGUGACUUGUGUGUCACAGACCCUGAGCGGGGCCUUCACGGAGUUGACCCCAUUGGGGACAAUCCUUGAGGUGACCUGUGAACCACUGCCCCCUGGUGGGGCCACCUUGGAAAUGCCACAGCUGGAGAUCCCAGAGGUGACCUGUGCACAACAGACCCUGGGUGGGGCUGGGAUGGAGAUGACCACAGUGGGGGCCAUCCCUGAGGUGAUCUGUGUGCCACAGACCCUGACUGGGUCUGACACAGAGUUGCCUCUGGUAGAAGCCAUACCUGAGGUGAGUUGUGCACCACUCCCCAGUGGUGUGGCCACCUUGGAGAUGCCACACUUAGAGAUCCCAGAAGUGACCUGUGCACACCAGAUGCUGGGUGGGGCCAGAACAGAGAUGACCACAGUGGGGGCCAUUCUUAAGGUGACUUGCGUGCCGCAGACCCUGAGCAGGACCGACACUGAAUUGCCUCUGGUGGAAGCCAUCCCUGAGGUAACCUGUGCACCACUCCCACCUUUUGGGGCCACCUUGGAGAUGCCACAGCUGGAGGUCCCGGAGGUGAGCUGUGCAGCAGUCCCCCCUGGUGUGGUCACCUUGAAAACGCCUCAGUUGGGGUUCCCAGAGGUAAUCUGUACACAACAGUCCCUGGGUGGGGCCAGUACUGAGUUGACCUCAGUGGGGGCCAUCUCUGAGAUAACCUGUGCACCACUCCCACCUGUUGGGGCCACCUUGGAGAUGCCACAGCAUGAGGUCCUGGAGGUGCGCUGUGCACCACUCCUCCCUAGUGUGGCCACCUUGGAAACACCACAGUUGGGGAUCCCAGAGACCCUGAGCAGGACUGACACAGAUUUGCCUCUGGUGGGGGCCAUUCCUAAGUUGAGGUGUGUACCACUUCCCACUGGUGUGGAUACCUUGGAGAUGCCACAGCUCAAGAUCCCAGCGCUGACCUAUGGACAACUGAACCUGGGCGGGGCCAGGACUGAGAUGCCACAGCCAGAGAAGAACUACAAGGUGACAUGUGGGCAACCACCCCUCAGUGAGGCCAGCUCAGAGAUGUCAAGAGCAGCAGCACAUGCCAUUGGGGAACAGCAAACUUUGAUGAAGAAAACAAACACAUUGCUAGACAGAGUCCUGGAAGAACAGCCUCCUACUGGCAGGACUCUGCUGAUCGACGGCCCAGUUGAACUGAAAAGAGGCCUGAAGAAGCAGAAGCGUCAUAUAUUCUUGUACAAUGAUGUGUUUGUUGUGGCCAAAACCAAGUGCAUCAAGAACUUCAAGACAAAAAGCACAAUUAAAUUAUCAGAUAUGUGGACAACCAGCUGUUUGGCUGAAGAGGGAGAAGGCAACACUGAGGCUGUGAAGUCCUUCAUCUUGGGCUGGCCCACUCAGAACUUUGUGGCCACUUUCAAUUCUUCACAGGAAAAAGACAAAUGGCUUUCUCUUCUUCAGUGGAACAUCGAUCUGGAAAAAGUCAAAGAUGACCCAAAGAACAUUCCCUUAAAAAUCUACACUCAAGAUGUUGCCAAUUGUGUCCAUUAUAAAACCAUAAGAGUAAAGAACUCACACACGGCCAAAGAAGUUGUGAAGAUGGUUUUUUCAAUUCUAAGAGUAACCGGCUCAGACACAGAUUACCAGUUGUGGGUAAAUUCUGGAAAGAAAAAGGAAAGAUAUCCCCUUGUUGGACACGAAUACCCAUACGGAAUACUGAUGAGUCACCUUCGAGACAGUGAAUUCAUGAGGAGAGGACCAAAGUUCACAACCAGCACUUUGACCUUCCAAGAGCUCUCCCUUAUGGAAGAGCUCCCUCCAGAAAUACAGUGCCAUUUCAGCCUCAAGCCAAAAUGUUGGGCUGCAGCCCAGCAACACCGAGAUUUGGAUCACAUGAUAUCUACAAGAACAUGUAUCAUCAACUGGGCCUGCUGCUGUCAUUCUGGCACUAAACUGGAGAACUCACCUGUGUCACCACCAUCUUCUUCUCCUGCCCUAGGGAAGUUCUUCGGAGUUGCCCUGCCGAACAUUUGCGACUAUGGCGAUAUUCCUUUACCUCUCUACGAUGUUCUUUUUUUCCUCAACGCCAAGGGACCCCUGACGGCUGGCAUCUUCUGGGUCCCUGGUGACAGUGACUCCUGCAAAGACAUUAUUGAAAAACUGGAUGCAGGAGUUGAAAUUGAUCUUGGGUGUGAAAAUCCCUAUGUCUUAGCAUGUGUGCUAAAGGAUUUUCUAAAAAACAUUCCGGAAAGCAUUUUUGCCAAAAGGCUCUAUCACGAGUGGCUGUCCGUAAUGGAGAUAAGCAGCGACAGACAGAAAAUUGAAAAAAUUAAAAGGCUAUUAGACCAGCUACCAAGAGCAAACGUUGUGCUCUUACGGUACGUGUUCCUGGUCUUAAGUAAUAUCGCUGAACUCUCCGCGGCAAAUGAAAUGGAUGCUUUACACUUAGGGGUGUGUAUGGCUCCAAGUAUUAUUUGUCAUCCUUCUGCGAGCAGAGAAGAAAUGGCCUCUGCAGAAAAGCUUGUGGAAUUUGUGAUAAAAAACUGCCGCAAGAUCUUUGGAGGACACGUCACUGCCCUGUUUGGAGAGUCAUCCAGAAUAUAAAAUACUCAAGAAAAACCCUCAGAUACAUCUAGCUUUCCAGAGAGCAAUGCUUCCUCAUGUGAGAGCUUGAAGAAAAAAAGCGACUGUGCUGCUGGCCCACAGUGUGAUGAAUCAAAGAAAAUGGUCCAAUUGAAUUGAAGCAUUGACUCGCUUAUAAUGUCUCUGGACUCUGGCCUUGAUGCCCUUGAAUUCUAAAUGAGCUUCAGAGCCUCCUGUAUGACUUUUAGUUCAGGUGGACCAGCCUCCUAAAGACAAGCUGAUGGAUGUAACAAUGUGCAGAGAUAUUCCACCACAGAAUCCUGCCAAGAUUCUGUCUGGCACUUGUCCACAGCUGCAGCAUGUUAAAAAAAAAAAAUAAUAGAAAAUGCUAUAAGCUGUCCUGUAUAAGCUCCACCUGAUCUACAAGGCUAUUUCUAUCACAUUAACAGCUGUGGCUCACCUGUAGCCCUAGCUACUUGGGAGCUGAUUUCCCAGCAGAAACUUUGUAGGCCAGAUGAAGAGUUCCUAUCUGGAAUGGACUUCAAGAAAUUUCUGACAAUGUAGCAUUCUUUAACCUGCAAACUACAGUUCAUAUUUGAUGGAGGAAUCAAAUCUUCUCCUGACAUGCAAACAAAAAGUGAAGCUGAAUAGCUCCUAUCUUGAGAAAAUGCAUCUAAUUUUCAUGAAGAAAUCAAGACUGAGCAUAAAAAGUUGGAAAAGUUUGAAACUAAGCAUGAAAGUGCACAAAGUCAGGCCAUUCAACACAAUGAGGAGGAGGAAGAGGAUGAUGAGGAAGAGGAGGACGAGGAAGAGGAGGAAGAAGAGGAGAGAAGGAGGAGUCCAAACCAAGAGUGAGAAUGAUAUUGCUAAUGUUUUUAAUCUCAGAUUGAUUAUUCAGUAUGAAUUACUAAAAAAUUAAUAAAUGGUUCACCAAGUUGAUUAUUGGGGAGGAUUAAAAAGUUUAGAUAAAAGAAUGCAACGAAAAAGGUCUGAAUUUUUAGCCAAAAAGUCAUGGCUCUUCCAUCAUGAAAAAGCACCAGUUCACACAGCACUGUCUGUGAGGGAGUUAAGAGCAAGCAACAUCAUUUUCACUCUUGGUUUGGACUCCUCCUUCUCCUUCUCCUCUUCCUCUUCCUCCUCUUCCUCCUCUUCCUCUUCACCCUCCUCUUCCUCCUCCUCCUCUUCCUUCUCCUCCUCCUCUUCUUCCUCCUCUUCCUUCUCCUCCUCUCCCUCUUCCUAUUUCUCCUCUUCCUUUUCCUCUUCCUCUGCCUCUUACUCUUCCUCAUAUUCCUCCUCUUUCUCUUCUUCCUCCACUUCCUUCUCCUUCACUGGGUAAUAGUUUGGACAACAAUAUUAUUUUAUACUAUUGAAAAUCCUAAGAACCUGGAAGUUGUAGUUCUCAUUGCAGAUACCAGUGACUUUAAAGCAGCAAAAGUAAAAUUAGACAAAAAUACAUAUUAUAAUUGUUCUGAAAACCAUGUUUGCAAACAAUCCAGGUUUGGGGUUGUUUUAUUACUGCUUAAAAAAAAUGAAAUACCAAUACAAGUCUGAAACUAAGCAUCAAAGUGCACAACGGAAGUCAGGCAAUCCUCCACAAGAAGAGGAGGAUGCAGAGGAGAAGAAGGAGGAUGACCAAAAGGAGGAGGAGGAGAUGAAAUGAGCAGGAAAGACUGGAAGAAAGAAGAGCAGGUGUGGAAUUGGAGGAGGUAGAUUAGGAGGAGGAAAAAAAGAAAGAAGAGAAGGAAGAAGAGGAGGAAGAGGAGGAGUAGGAGGAGGAAAAGGAGGAGAAGGAGGCGGAAAAAGAUACGGAGGAGGAAGAGGAGGAAGAGAAGAAGGAAGAGGAAGAUGUAGAGAAGGAGGAGGAGGAAGAGGAGGAGGAGAAAGAGGAGGAGGAGGCGGCAGAGGAGGAGGAGGAUGAAGAAGAGGAGGAUAAAGAAGAGGAGGAAGAAGAGGAGGAGGAAGAGGAGAAGGAGAAGGAGGAGUCCAAACCAAGAGUGAAAAUGAUGUUGCUUGCUCUUAACUCCCUCACAGACAGUGCUGUGUGAACUGGUGCUUUUUCAUGAUGGAAGAGCCAUGACUUUUUGGCUAAAAAUUCAGACCUUUUUCAUUGCAUUCUUUUAUCUAAACUUUUUAAUCCUCCCCAAUAAUCAACUUGGUGAACCAUUUAUUAAUUUUUUAGUAAUUCAUACUGAAUAAUCAAUCUGAGAUUAAAAACAUUAGCAAUAUCAUUUUCACUCUUGGUUUGUUCUCCUCCUUCUCCUCCUCUUCCUUCUCCUCCUCCUCUUCUUCCUCCUCUUCCUUCUCCUCCUCUCCCUCUUCCUAUUCCUCCUCUUCCUUUUCCUCUUCCUCCACCUCUUGCUCUUCCUCAUCUUCCUCCUUUUUCUCUUCUUCCUCCUCUUCCUGCUCAUUCACUGGGUAAAAGUUUGGAAAACAAUAUUAUUUUAUACUAUUGAAAAUCCUAAGAACCUGGAAGUUGUAGUUCUCAUGGCAGAUACCAAUGACUUUAAAGCAGCAAAAGAAAAAUUAGACAAAAAUACAUAUGAUAAUUGUUCUGAAAAAUACGUUUGCAAACAAUCCAGGAUUGGGGUUGUUUUAUCACUGCUGAAAAAUAAAAUGAAAUACCAAUACAAGCCUGAAAAUAAGCAUCGAAGUGCACAAUGGAAGUCAGGCAAUUCUCCACAAGAAGAGGAGGAUGCAGAGGAGAACAAGGAGGAUGACCAUAAGGAGGAGGAGGAGCUGAAAUGAGCAGAAAAGAGUGGAAGAAAGAAGAGCAGGAGUGGAAUUGGAGGAGGUAGAUUAGGAGGAGGAAGAAGAGAAAGAAGAGAAGGAACAAGAGGAGGAGGAAGAGGAGGAGAAGGAAGAGGAGGAGGAGAAAGAGGAGAGGACGAAGAGGAGGUGGAGGAAAAAGAUGAGGAGGAGGAAGAAGAGGAGGAGGAAGAGUAGGAUGAAGAGGAAGAGGAGGAAGAGGAGGACGAGGAAGAGGAGGAGGAAGAGGAGAAAGAGAAGGAGGAGUCCAAACCAAGAGUGAAAAUGAUGUUGCUAAAGUUUUUGAUCUCAGAGUAAUUAUUCAGUAUGAAUUUGUUAAAAAAAUAAACAAAUGGUUUACCAAGUUGAGUUUGGGAAGUAUUAAAAAGGCUAGAUAAAAAAAUUCAACAGAAAAGGUCUGAAUUUGUAGCCAAAAAGUCAUAGCUCUUCCAUGAUGACAAGGCACCAGAUCACAUAGCACUGUCUGUGAGGGAGUUAAUAGUGAGCAACAUCAUUUUCACUCUUGGUUUGGCCUCCACCUCCUCCUCCUCCACCUCCUCCUCCUCCUCCUCCUGCUCCUCCUGCUCCUCCUCCUCUUCCUCUUCUUCCCCUCUUCCUCCUGAUCUUCAUCAUCCUCCCUACUUGUCUCAUCUGUCCAUUAUGACAUUCCUUUCUGUGAAGGUAAUGAAAACUUUGAAAGGAAAACAUUUUGAUGAUAUUCAGGACAUCAACAGUAAUAUGAGAUUAACUCUAAUGGCCAUUCCAGCAAAAGAUACUAGACAUCACCAAAGGACUAAUAACCAGAAUAUAUAGGCAAGUCAAGAAAAUCAAUAACAUUAAAUAAUUUUAUUAACUGAGCAAGAGAGAAGAAUAGAAACUUGUCUCACUAAAACAGAUUAAUGGAAAAACUAAUUGUGAAUACAUGCUCUUUGUCAUUAAUUAUCAGAGAAAUAGAAGUCAAAACCAUUAAGAUUUCAGAUUACACCUGUCCGCAGUGAGAAUACCCCAAUCGUAAGGUCUCAAAGCAGCAGAUGCUGGCAUGGGUGCAGAAAGAAAGCAAUACUCAUGCACUCGAGAUGGAACUGCAACUACUAUGGCCCAUAUGGAAAGUAGUAUGAAGAGGCCUAAAAGAGCUAAGUAUGGGCCUACUAUUUUAUAUGAAUCCCAUUACUAGAAAUUUUCCCAAGAUAAUAAAGGCACAUUUUAUUAAGAUACCAGCCUUUGAAUUUUUAUAGCAGCACAAUACACAAUCAUGAAGAUGUGGAAAUAACCCAAGUGACCUUCAACACAUGGAGUCAUAAAUUCUGGAAUAUUUAUAUGUAUCAUGGAAUGCUAUUCUACACUAACAAAAGGUGGAUAUUUUGUAUCUUUUGCAACACAUGGAUGUAAUUGGAAGCCAGUCUCCUCAGUGAAGAGUCACAAGAAUCAACAACAAACAUCACAUGGACUUAGUCCUAAAGUGGCACCAUUAGAUUAAUACAUGCUCCUAUGAGAGAAAAACUCGAUGGGAUUCAAGGAAGAAGUCUGGUAAAUUCUCACUCAACAUGUGCAUUGCACCCCUGUUUGAAGGACACAUUUGCAACUCAGACUUUAACCUUACUUAUGCGAACCAUGUAACUUAAUUAACUGUGCUCCCAUAUUAAUCUGAACUUAAAAAAAACAUAGUUAAUCAGAAAAUUAAGAGUACGACUAUGUCUGUUGAUGAAUAAAACAAUGUGAAAUGUUCAGUGUAAGUGAGUGGCCAUCUCUACACCAUUUCUCAAUCACAAGCCUUCCCAACUUCAUUCUAGGAAGCAGUCCAUUCAUGCAGCCACAGGACAGAAAAUCCUGAUUCAAGAACUUUGGGUAACUUCAAAGACGUCACGAAUAAAAGAUGCGAUGGAAAAGAAAAUGGUUGCUCUUGAUAUCCUACUUCUCAGGAUUAGUAGCAUCUGUCUUGCCUACUUAUUAAAUGUGUUAGUUUGUGUUUAAAACACAAAUAUGCUCAAAGAGAAUAUAUCCAAAAUAA